CUCUCCGUGUUUUUCCCCGCUAGAAUCUUUCGAAACUGCGUAGAAAGAAGAGAAAAACGUGUGUCCAGCUGCAGGUCCCUCCAGUGAGGAAUGUGUGAGAGCUCUGGUCUGUGUCUGCUUCCCACACUUCGGCCCAUUGAGAGCCGCCCCACCCUGCUGCCGCUGAUCCAGCACGCCUCAUUAUUCCCGCUCUCAAUAGACCAUCUGGUCCUCUGCUCGUGCACACAAAGCUCCCCGCUCUCCCACAGGCACCUCAAAGCUGCAGCCGCAUUCUGAUUGGCUCAAAAGUGUGGGAAACAGAAGACGCGCGGGAUCAGGGCGCAUAUAAGGGGAUGAACUUUACGAGAAGAAACACACAAACUGCAGAAAGAAUGGGGCCUACUGUUUUCAAACUCACUCAGGCUGGAAAGGAUAACACUAAAAUGAGGAAACCAGCGGUGGAGAAGAUGCGCAGAGAUCGUAUUAACAGAUGCAUCGAACAGCUAAAAGUUCUUCUGAAAGCCGAGAUAAAAGCCAGCCAGCACUGCUCUAAACUAGAGAAGGCUGACGUCCUGGGAAUGACUGUGAUUUACCUGAAGAACAACAACACGUGGCCUAGCGCGGAUGCGCAGGGCUACGCCGACGGUUUCUCCAGGUGUAUAGAGGAGACGGCGCGAUUCCUGUCGGUUCACAGCCAGCAACAGAUCACCAAGCCAAUAGUGGGGCCCUUUGACGGAACCCAGCGAGCCAAAGUGAGCGCGCAAGACAGCUGUCCGGUCGCGUCAAAAAGCACCGGAGAGCUUGCUAUUUGGAGACCCUGGUGAUCUUCAUAGCAUCCUUAUGAAGACGUACAGAGAACGGACUGUUUUCUCUAUCCAAGUAAAACAUGUAAUUUUUAUAAAAUAUGGAUGUAGACAGCAGCUGUCAUGAUGCAGAGAAUGUACCAGUCUACCCCAUGCCUGAGUCUGAGAGCACGUGCUACUCCACCUGUGUGGAGAUCAACUUUAUUUACAUAUUGUAAAAAUGAGUACUACGUCACCUCAUUAGGUUUCUGUUGAAAAUAAUAUCUUUAAUUAUAUUUGUAACCUUUAGAGGUGUUAAAUCUGUCAUAUUGAUGGAAUGUGUAAAAGUGUCUCAUGUUGAGUUCAGGAGAAAAAUAAACUAAAGUUACAC